GGCAUAACAUUAGAUAAGGGUGUUCUUAACAUCUCUAAGAAGGACUUUACGCCUGCCUUAACUUAUAUUGCUUGCUCUCGCUUCCGCAACCUCGAUAACAUCCUAUUCGACGAGCCUUUCAAUUACGACCGCUUUAAGGGUAAGCUAUACAAGUUAUAUAUCGACCGCUAUACUAAUUACAUUCGCCGCAAGAAGCAGCGAACGUUGCCGCCUAGAGCUAUGCUUUCCUCCGACCUACCGCACCUAGACAUUAAGGCUGCUAAGCGUAACGAACGUUAA